GAGACUGAAUGGGACGUCUUAAUUACUCCAGUUGUGAAAACUUGAAGGAGGGGAUGCAGCAGGCUUUGAUCUUCAGGUUGGGGCAUCUACUAUAAAUAGGGCUGCUUGGAAACUCAAUCAUAACUUCUACAAGUGACCAUCCUGAGAUCCUCUCCUCUGACCUGGACUUUUUUUAUUCUCUUUCUUCAUCCUGUGAGCAUGAAGGGUUAUUUCUCCAUCGAGUGGAUGGCCCAGAGCAGUAAGCCUGCAGACCCGCAGACUUUACCUGCUCCAGCAUCCGGGCCGGCGGCCUGGGGGACCAAUUCAGAGAGCCUGCCGGGUUUUUACUACAAACCCAAACCUGAGGAGCUUCUGGAAGCAGAGCAGCUGGUGAACCCAUUCAGCCAGGAGGCCCCUCAGCUGCAGACGUCACCCAGGAACCAAGUCAGUGAGGCUGGUUUCAGCAGCUGCACCGAGGAGGAGACCUCUGGGUACGAGAGCGAAGGAGGUCAUUGUCAUUCCCCCACCUCCCCCCCUGACAGCGCCUCCUCCACGACUCCCCCGUCGCCCCCCGUGGGCAGGAGGCCCCGCACAGCCUUCACUGCAGAGCAGAUCAGCAGCUUGGAGAGGGCGUUCAAGAGAAACGCUUACCUGGGAACACAAGACAAGGCAGAGCUUUGCAAGAAGCUCAACCUCUCUGACAAACAGAUCAGAAACUGGUUCCAGAACAGGCGGAUGAAGCUGAAGAGGACGGUACAGGACGCCUUGGCUCAUGCCUGCCAGGCUAAUGUUGCCUCUCGCUUCAUGCAUUAUCCUGAGCUGCAGGCCUACAGGCCCGGGCCGUACCCCAGGUACCACGCAGCAGCGCCAGAGGCAACGACUGCCGCUUCCUACGUUCAUCCUCACAGCCUUCAGUACAGCUCUCCUCUGACCAGCACCUCCGCUCUACCCCUGGACUCCUUCUACCAGUACGGCAGCCUGCCGGGGGUCAUGCUGCCCGCUGUCACCUCUCACCUCAGGGGAUCCUACCCCCCAUACCAUCAAUACUACUGAUCAGCAGGAGCAUCAGGAGUAUUUCUGGGACAAAGGAAUCUAUUUUUAAAUAAAAUCACUGAUCUUGUUAAGAUUAAUGGAACCAAACGGUUUACAAAAUCCUUGAACUGUAACCGGAGCCUUAACUGGGUGGUGUGCAAUAAUAUAAACUGUGUGUUAAUUUCUGCAUUUGAACAGUUUGGAUCUGUUUAACUUUGGAUUAAUGAAUCUUUUUAUUUAGAGUUGUUUUUUUUGUAACUGUGAAACUAAAUUUAAAUAAAAGAACUAUUGUUAA